AUGGCCGGCGGCGAGGGGAGCUCUGGAUCGGGCUCGGCGGGGCCGGAUCCCUCCGACCGGCAGCUGGCCGCGCUGUUCGAGCAGGCGGCCGAGCGGCUGCCCGCCCUGCUGCCCAGCGCCAGCAAGGAGCAGCUGCUGUACCUGUACGCUCGCUACAAGCAGGUGAAAUUUGGAACCUGUAACACUCCAAAGCCAAGCUUCUUUGAUUUUGAGGGGAAGCAGAAAUGGGAAGCUUGGAAAGCCCUGGGAGACACCAGCCCUCAUCAAGCAAUGCAGGAGUACGUUGCUACAGUGAAAAAACUGGACCCCAGUUGGAAUCCACAGACGACAGAGAAGAGGGCGAAAGAAAGCAAAACCGCGUUUGGAGGCCCAGUUGUCAGCUCGUUGUAUCAAGAAGAAACAAUCAGAGAAGAGGACAAGAACAUUUUUGAUUACUGCAGAGAAAACAACAUUGACUACAUAACCAAAGCCAUUCAAUCGAAAAAAGUGGACGUGAACGUCGCAGAUGAGGAGGGCAGGGCUCUGCUCCACUGGGCAUGCGACAGAGGACACAAGGAGCUCGUUUCAGUACUGUUGCAGCACGCUGCUGACGUUAACAGCCAGGACGGGGAAGGCCAGACUGCACUCCAUUACGCCGCCGCCUGCGAGUUUUCCGACAUCGUGGAGCUGCUGCUGCAGUCGGGGGCCGACCCCACGCUGCGGGACGAGGAGGGCUGCCUGCCGGAGGAGGUGACGGACUGUAAGGCCAUCACCUCGGCCCUGCAGCGGCACACCGCCGGCAAGCUGUAGCCGCACGGCGCGGCCUGAUGGGUGCCAUCGUGCAGCAAGGCCCCGCUCUCCUUCGAGGCAGGGGUCGGAGGGGAGGUGUUAGAGCAUGAGGUCAGGGUGGGCCUUUGGGCGUGGAGGAUCAGGGUUUUGCAUGCUCUGACGUCUAGCAGUAUUCUGGGGGAGGGAGGGGGGACAGGGCCUGCAUAGGCCCAGUGUUGUUUUAGUGCGGGGCAGCCUGCAGGCUGCACACCACCGGGGAGGGCUGCUGGCGCGGCUGGGGCCUUGUGGUUGCGUUACGGUUUUUUUUGUUUUUUUUUUCUCUUGGGUCCAAACAAAAUAUUAUAAAUAAAACAAGCACAGUGCUGGGACAACGUC